UUGUGCUUCUUCCCCAUGCCGACAGCGUUCUGAGGACGACGGGGACUUCGACACACUCAGGGUGUCAAUAUUUGAAACAUUUUUCUUUUGCAUGUCAUCAUGCGCUGGAUUCUAGCUGGAUGCUGUGGGCUUGCACUGAUAACUCUAACAGUCUCCUUGCAGGUCAGCCAGAGACCCCGGUUUAUUGGUCUGAAAACAAAACGUGUUGUAAGAAUUUACUGUUCCUCAAAACAAAAUGUCCAAAGCACUGCGCUGUGGUACAAGGCUGACGAGUACAAAGGGAGCAAGCACAGGAUAUAUCAGACUGAAAGGAUUGUUUUUCACAACAGCAGCAUGAUCCAAAAUGGUAUCCUCAACGUCCUUGACAUUCAAGUUGAGGACAGCGGAGUUUAUUUCUGCGAAGUAAAUGGAGCAGAAGGACCUGGAACUGAAGUGCAGGCAGUCAGAGGAAUUAUCCUUCAGCAGGCGCUGUACAGGAGCAAGAUGAAGGAUGGUCUCAUCAUCCUUCAGGGCCUUUUGUUGGCUGCAUGUAUUGGUGCCAUACUGCUACGCAAACAAAGGCUGAUGGAAAGGAGGGACAGCAUCUAUGAAGAACCUGAAACUGACCACAUCUAUGAGGGCUUGGCGAUUGAGUCGUGUGGAGGAGAUCUAUAUGAGGACCUGUCUGUGUACGCUCAGGCUGAAGGAACUGAGGCCCCAUGGGAGUGAAACAAACACCUACAGCCUAAAAAAUACUGGUUACAUGUUCUUAAUUAUAAGUUGUAAAAUAAAAAAGAAAUUAAUUAAAAACAAAAAAAUCAGCCAUCUUGUAUAUCAUAAAUGAGUCAUGCACAGUUUUGUGCAAAAAUGUGCUUAUUCUAGAAAUAUUUCAGUACUGGCUGCUGUUCGUGCUCUUGAUUUUGUGCUGUUUAGUAACACUUGUGAAAUUCAUCAUUUCCAGUUCAGACCUGGAGGCUGAAAUUUCAGUCGACAUUUUUGGUGCUUCGAGGAGUUUUUUUGUAUAAAUUUGUGUGAUGUUUAAUCUUGUCAUGAUUUUUCUAAGUUGGCAGUUUGAUUUCUGCUUUAUUUUGUGUCCACAGCGAGCAUUAGCAACAAAAACUGAUCUUGCUGAAACUAAUCUAAGCUUUUAGCUUGUGUUGUUUGUUAACAUUAAAAACUGUAUGUCUUUUAUUGAUGUUACAAUAAACAUAAUUUGGU